CCAGAGAAGGGUUCUCUUUUACCGGGUUUUUCUUGUGUUCCCCUGUUCCGGUGUUGAAAAAGAUUGGAUUUUUCCUCCUCCUUUGCGUUUGCUCGCCAUAUAAGGAUCUGCGAAUCGGAAGUGGCGGAGCUUAGGAUGGAUUUGCCGAUGUACUCCGACGGCGAGAUCGGGUCGGAAGCGCUGAAUUCCAGCCAGAGCUCAAUGAGCAGCAGCGGCGGCAGCUGCGAUGACCGCCACAGUAGCUUCUCCCGCCUCUCCUUCGACGGCGUGGCGGCAGCGGCGGCUCUCGAGCUCCCGUCUGGCGACCGCCCCCUCGCCGCCUCGCGGCUGCCCGCCAAGCCCCACCGCUGGUCGGAUCCCUCUUGGGCGGCCAUUCGGUCGCGGAACUCCGCCGGCCUACACGCCAAUCUUGGCCCCCGGGACUUCAAGAUCGUCCGCCGCAUUGGGAGCGGCGACAUCGGCACCGUCUACCUCUGUCGCCUCCGCGAGGAAGCCUCGGCGUGCGUUUACGCGAUGAAGGUGGUGGACAAGCUGGCGCUGGCGAAAAAGAACAAGCUCGAGAGAGCGGCGACCGAGAAGAGGAUCCUGCGGGUCCUCGACCACCCCUUCCUUCCCACGCUCUACGCCGACUUCGACGCGUCCCCGCAUUACUCUUGCGUGGUGAUGGAGUACUGCAGUGGCGGCGACCUCCACACGCUCCGCCACCGCCAGCCCCGCCUCCGCUUCUCCGUUGCGGCCACCAGGUUCUACGCGGCGGAGGUGCUGGUUGCGCUGGAGUACCUCCACAUGCUUGGCAUCGUCUACCGCGACCUCAAGCCCGAGAACAUACUCAUCCGCUCCGACGGCCACAUCAUGCUUUCCGACUUCGACCUCUCCCUCGAGUCCACCGCCUCCCCCACCCUCGAACAAUUCGACGCCGCAGACGAGGCAGCCUUCGGUGACGACUUCUCCUGCAUCCCCUUCCUGGCACGGAGGCCUGCCCGCACUAGCGGGGCGUGCCGGCGGUUCGUAGCGGAGCCGAUCAGCGCCCGGUCGGGCUCCUUCGUGGGGACCCAUGAGUACGUCGCUCCGGAGGUGGCCUCCGGCCGGCACCACGGCAGCGCCGUCGACUGGUGGGCCUUCGGCGUCCUCCUCUACGAGCUGCUCUACAGCCGAACACCCUUUGCGGGGUCAAAUAAUGAGUCAACGCUCCGGAACAUCGUGAAGCAGCCGCUGACCUUCCCUCCGUCCUCCUCCUCGUGCUCCUCUUCGGCGGCGAGGGACCUGAUCACCUGUCUGCUCCUGAAAGACCCAGCUGCCCGCCUUGGCUCGCGCGGCGGCUCCGCCGAGGUCAAAGCACACCCUUUCUUCAAAGGCCUCAACUUCGCCCUCAUGCGCUCCCACCGUCCCCCGGUCAUCCCCGGUUUAGUCCGGUCCGCCUCGGCCAAGGAGCGUCGCAAACCGGACCGGUUCGACUACUUCUAAUUGGACCACUGUCCUUUUUGUGGGUCCCUUCGAAAGACCACCAGGGCGGAGCUGACACGCGUGGUUUUGUUCAAGCACAGAUUGCACCCUCCCCCUUCCGUAGUCGCACAAGUUUUUUGAAGGGAAGAAGGGGAAUUAUGGAUUAACUCGUGUAGGCCUAGGAUGUGUUAUAGGUGUAUACAGUUGUGCAAUAUGCGUCUUGCAAUAUCACAUAUCUCUGCUUAUAUAUAUAUAUAUAUACAUAUAUACA